AUGUCCCGGGACCAGCCGCUAGCCGACCCUCACGGCCGGUCACUCGCCGCUAACUUCAAAGUAGAAAAUUCUCCUAUCACAACGAGGGCUGUGCCCGAGGACUCGGAUCUUACCCAGGGCAAGUACAAGAUCAAACAUAGAAUCAAAGCGAGCUACAGCAAGCAAGAGGUUAAAGCAGAUACUCUAUCUCUCUAUCUCCCUCCUUUCAAUGCAGACCAGCCUGCGGACGAAGCAGAGGGUCUCCGCGGGAUAUGCGGCUCUCCGGCGGGUAGUCAGCCGGCUCACCUGCUCCAUCACGGGGGUUUCGGGGCGCGGCGGGCUGCGUUGGAGUCGAGCAGGGAACCAGAGAGCGACCGCACCUUAGCCCGAACAGCCCAGUUCAACAGGUCUAGCGCGGAUCACCCCACGGUGACACACGAGGUGAUUUACAAAUACCUGCAACGGCAGCUGGACCAGACCGUGUUGAUUCUUCACGCCAAAGUUGCCCAGAAGUCGUAUGGGAAUGAAAAGAGAUUUUUCUGCCCCCCGCCAUCUGUCUACCUGACCGGCCCAGGAUGGAGGCUAAAACACGAGCGGCUGAAAUCCUGGGGUCUCAGUGAAUCGAACUGCAGACUCUCUGGUUACAUGGGCCUGGAUAAUGUGGCGACUACUCAAGUAGAUGCAUUGAAGGUCAGCUUUGAAGAACUGCCUGACACACAGAAGUUCGGCUGCGCCAAAGCAUUGUACGUCUCCGACGCUGAAAAACGCAAACACUUUCGUAUCGUUUUACAUCUCUUCCUCGGCAACGGGCAAGAAGUCGGUACCUUCUACAGCAAACUCAUCAAGAUCAUUUCAAAACCUUCCCAGAAAAAGCAGUCCAUUAAGAAUGCCGAGUUGUGUAUUUCUUCAGACUCCAAGGUGGCCUUGUUUAAUCGGCUGCGAUCUCAGACAGUCAGUACACGGUACCUCUGCGUGGAUGGAGGGCAGUUUGUCGCCAGUGCCCGGCAAUGGGGAGCUUUCACACUGCACCUGGACAAUGACUCCAGCCGUAAGGGUGAAUUUUAUCCACGUGAUGGGUAUAUCCGAUAUGGAUCAGCUGUCAAAUUAAUCUGCACCUCUUCUGGAGUCUCCCUGCCCAGCAUGAUCAUUCGGAAGGUGUGCAAGCAGUACGCGGUGUUGGAUGUAGACGAGCCUGUUUCUCAACUCCACAAGUGCGCCUUCCACAUCAAGGACACCAACGGCAUGUACCUGUGUCUCUCCAACGAGAAGAUCAUACAGUUCCAGGCCGUGCCUUGCAGCAAGGAAGCCAACAAGGAGGUGCUGAGUGACGGUGCCUGCUGGACCAUUAUUGGGACCGAGGUGGUAGAGUACACGUUCACCGAGAGUCUGGCUCAGCUUCACUCUCCCGUCACCCCGGUUCCUGUCAUCUGCAGCCUUGAGCUGAACGGAGGAGGUGACGUAGCCACGUUAGAAGUGCAAGGAGAAAGCUUCACUCCCAACCUGAAGGUGUGGUUCGGCGACGUGGAAGCAGAAACGAUGUACAGAGACCCCAAGUCGCUGCUGUGUGUGGUGCCUGAUAUCAGCUCGUACAGCAGAGAGUGGCGCUGGUUUCGCCAGCCCGUCACCGCCCCCCUGUUUCUGAUGAGGAGCGACGGCAUCAUCUUCUCCAGCACCUUCUCCUUCACCUACACCCCCGAGCAGAGUUGCUUCACCAUCCCGAGGGUGGUCCAGGAGGAUCCAGACAACUUCUUGGACACCAUCCACCAGGAGUUCACUCGCACUAACUUCCAUCUCUUCAUGCAGAGCUGACGGGGUGGGGAAGCACCGUGCUCUGCCCCUGCGCGAUGUCUCUAGGACUUGCCAUCACCCUGAGGUCUAUGACCUGUAUUGGUUUACGCUCAGUCCACCAACUCCCAACCUUUACUCCCCCCUUUCCCCGUGCAUGCAAUCAGCUAACAUUAAUGAUAAACCCAAAAAGAUGGAGUCAUUCAGCGGGUC